AUGGCCGAGUGGCUGCUGCCCGCGUCGCCAAACUGGUACUGCAGCAGAGUCGUUGACGCGACGCCUGCAACCGCGUCACAGCCAACCCGAAGCCACCCGUCGUCCUCGUUAGCACAGUUGCACCCAGGAGGAUUGCCUUCAUCGAUUCCAUCGACAUCCGGCGAGAUCACAGCGACGAGUCCAAGCAAUGGCAGUGGUAAUGCUACGCUGGUCGCGUUCGCAGCAAAGGCCGCCAUCACAGUGCUCAUGGUCCAAGACGCCGCUGCAGUGGCCAACAAGCGAUCAGCAGUGCAUCGCGCAUCGGGUCAGGCGGAAUCCGCAGACGGAGCAGCGACCGUGGCUCACAUCGACGCACAGGCGCCGCCAAGCAGCGACGAUCAUCAUCAAGACCAACCGCACCAUCGUGUGCCAAGCUCAAACUCAAGCUCAAAC